AUGGUCUUCCUCCGCCUAAUAAUAAAAGUCUACCCCCGCGAACAACUCUCCCGAAAACCAACGCCCGAAGCACAUGACGACCAAACUGCAAAACCCGCCUCCUUCCUCCUCGCGCUCCCCAACCCCGAAGAAGUCUCGCUAGGCCAACUCGCCAACCUAAUCCGCUCAAAAUGGAUCAAGCUGCGCCCCAAUGCCGAGCCCCUCGAUAUCAAGAAGCUGCUCGAUGAUAAUCGCGACUCAGUGGAUUUGGACGUGGAUAUGACGGUGGCAGAUGUGUGGGUGAAUAAGGCGCGGGCGAGGAAGAAUGAGGAUGACCAGGAUGGGGUUGUUAGGGUUGUUCAACGGCCGGCGCCGUAUGCGCCUGUGAGAUUUCCUUCUGUGGAUCAGGAUUGGGGGGUUGGGGGAAGGGAGGGGAAGGGGUUUAAGGGGACUUUUGAGACAAUUGAAGAGGAGUCUUCUGAGGAGAGUGAGGAGGAGAGUGAGGAGGAGGGGGUGAAUGGUGGGAGGAUGGUGGAGGUGAAGGCGGAGGAUGAGGAGGAUAGAAGCGAGGAGAGCGGGGAGGAAGAAGGAGAAAGCGAGGACGAAGAAGGAGAAAGCGAGGACGAAGAUGAAAGUGAAAACGAAAACGAACAGGUCAAUGGGAAUGUGGAGGCCGAGAUGGAGACCGUGGAUGAAGGUGAGAGCGAAGAACAGAUCCCGGACAACGACGUCACCAUGGAGGAUAGCCUGCCCGAAAUGCGAGUGCUCAAGAGAAAGCUGAGCCCCGAGGAGCUCGAGCCGAAGAAGCAGGCCCGUCUGGAACCACCGAAUCAUGCGCCUCAGGAGGAUGCCGAUAACGCGGACAAAGCCAAUGGGACGCCGCUCAGCAGCCCGCUAGGAGCGCGCAAACGUGACGCUGAUAGAGCGCCGUCGUUCUCUGGGCUUAAUCGACGCUUGAGCUUUACAGAGAGACCGGCCUCCUCGCACGGUCUUGGUCUGGGUAUUACGAAGAGUCCUCCUCGCAAGGAAACAUUCUUGAUAGCUGAUAUCUUUAAAGAUUCUACACAGUCCGCGUCGGUCCCGGAUGACACAAGACUGUCCCCCACAUCUGUUCCCCCAAGCAGCGCACCUAUCCGUCGCAGUUCAAUUAACCAGCACCCCUCGACGCCCGCCAAGCUGCAAACCCCCGCAGACAAAGUCAAACAACUCCAAUCUGCUCUCCGUAAGGACUCGCCUGCCGAGCGAACCCCCGAACGCCGGUCCGUGUCCUUCUCCGGAGAAGACCAUGUCUUUCCUACCGUCCCUGCUCCGAAAUCAGUUCCCCAGACCGCCAAUAAGGAAGAAAAGAAAGCCGCCAAAUCCGGUGUUCUCCCUGAGCCCGCCUCCCAAGAAACAGAGGAUCAGUCGAAAGAAAAGGCAGAGGCGGGUCUAUUCGCAGAAGUAAACAUGGAAACGAAUGAGUACGAGGAAGAACUUCUUCGAGCAGAAGAUUUGGAUCCAAAAGGCGACUACGUACGCAAAUUGAAGCUAGCGUCAAAGAGAUGGCAGGUUAUGAUAAACAACAAAAAUAAAACACGGACAAGAGAGAUAGAAAGGUAUCAUAACGCAAUCAGGGAUCUCAAAACUUUAAACCGAGAGCUUCUCGAGCUCAACGAGUCCAACGCACCGCCCACCCAACGCCCCAGGUCCCAGACACCAAACGGCACACCAGCCACAAGAAAAUUGUCCCGCCCCGAAACGACAUGCUCCCAAGGCCGGAAAUCCGGGGAACACUGGAACGUUGAAAUCCUGACGCCCAAACCGAAUUCAAAGAAGCUCAUGUCGAAAGACGUCCCAGCGUCACAGAAAAGCCGCAAAUCUGAGGAAGAAGAUGGUCAACAAGAAGAAGUUGAAGGACACUGGGAGGUCGAAAUCCAUACUCCAAGACCAAACGGCACGCCUCUCAGACAGUCAGAAUCCAAGAAACUCUCCUCACCAAAGAGACCACCGACUCCAUCCGAGGAGUCCGGGUCAGAGGAAGAGUCCAGCUCUGAAAAAGAGACAGAAAGCGCCGUACCCAACUCCGUAACCAAACCAUCUCCUCCAGAUAAGGUCUCCAAACGCGAAGCCAAGCCGGUCUCCCAGUCAGGCUUGGACUCCGAAGAAGAACAAUCCGGUUCCGACGAAGAGGGCUCGGACUCCGAAGAGGCCGAAGAAGAGGCAGCAGAAGCGGCAGCAGCAGUGGCCGAAGCGGUGCAGAACGACAAGACCCCAACAACAACCAAACCCAACCCAGAGUCGCAACCAUCCUCUAAACCCGAUCCCCAAUCCGAUGAAGAAACUAGCUCCGGCUCCGACUCCGAAUCAGAAGCGUCCGAUGCCAGCUCCGGCUCCGAAUCCGAAAAAGAAAACCAGCUCCCCAAACCAACCCCACAAACCAAAGCCGACCUCCUCCGCCGCACAAGUCUAAAUCUCCCCUCAUCCCAGAAUAAGUCCUCAAUUGACCACCCAACCUCUUCUCAAUCAACACCAACAGGCCCCCGAGCACCCCGCCAAACGCUCAAGGGUCUCCUCCGGAAACAGCGUGAAGAGCAAUCCGAGAAGGCGCGUGCGAAGGCUGAGGCCGAGAAGGUACAGAGACAGCGACAGCAGCCGCAUAAAGAUAUCUUCUCUGGCCCGUCUGAUAGUGAGUCCGAGGAGGAGAGUGAUAGUAGUAGCGAUAGUGGAGCGGAUGCGGGCGAUAUCUUGUCUAGUGGGACGGUGGGGAAAUUACGACCCGCUUUUGGCCGGAAGUGA